AUGAGCACACCUCAGCCUCAGCCCUGCGUCGUCCGUGGCGCGCAGACCAAGAACCGCUGCUCAGCGUGCGCUCGCGCCGGCGUCGACCUCUUCUUCUGCUCCACCGCGCACCAACAACUCGUCUGGAAGGUCCACCGCAUGGUCUGCGGGCCCGACAAGGCCAAGCCGCUCAUGCCGCCGCCGCUCGAGGAAGACGAGCUUCCCGCCAUCUUCGACGCGCUCCACCUCGAGAUCCCGUACGAGGAUUUUCAGCGGGACAUCACGAGCUUGACGCUGACGCAGGCGUCGCAAGCUGUCAGACGGGGCAAGAUCACGCUCGCACGCGGCAUGGCCGUCUUGUGGGGCGAGCCCGCCGACGACUUUCCCCUCUAUAUGGUCACGGGCCUCGUCGGGUCGCGAGGCAUCACCUGGCUGGCCGCACACCCGACCGUCGACGGGUGGCUCCUCGGCCUCCGGCCCUACACCUACAAGUACGCCCGCAUCCCGACCGACGUCAAGGCCGUCUACCACUUCCCUGCCCGCUACGUCGCCGCGGCCCUCGAGAUUGCGCUCGACCUAGCCGACGACGCCGAUUCGACGACCCUGCUGCGGCACCGCAGUCUGCUCCUCGCCGGCAUUCUGCAGAAAGUCCCUCCACCGCCGUCGGGCGUCAUCAUCUCGGCCGUGCAACAGUUCGUCGACUCGUGCCUCGUGUACGACUCGUUCGAGCAGGCCGUCGCCAAGUUUGGUGGCGUCCUCAACGUCGUCAAGCCAGUCCUCGCCAUCGAGCUCUCGCUCCAGCUCCACGGCGACGGGCGCAUCAGCCACUGCGUCGUCAUCCCGCCGACGUCGGCGACCUGA